AUGGCUCCAGUCACACGCGCCAUAAAGUCUCGCCAGGAAGCUCUUGCCGAAAAGAAGAAGAAGAAGCCGGCUGCUAAGCGGCAGGCGUCUCGGAAGAAGGCCGAGAAGGGCCCCUUGGUCCAGGAGACGCCGGCAAAGAAGAAGACUGCUGGCAGCCAGAACAAAAGACCAACCGAGCCACCUGCUUCAAAAACAGCACCUGUCAAGCUCAAGUCUAAGCAGGCAGUCAAGGGGAAGCCGAGCACGAAGAAUCCCGCGGCAGCAAAAAAGCCCGGCGCCGAAACACCAACGGCAGGCCGACAGCCGGCCAAGCGCAAAGCCGCUGCCGAGCCUGCACCAAAUCAGAGUGCCCGGGGCAAGAGGAGGUCGGGUGACAUUGAGCAAGAAGGCAGGGAAUCCUCGACCUCGACGCGGGCCACUCCGAAGAAGCGUGCAAGACGCUCGGCAACGAGCAGCGGGGCGCUAGCCGAGUCUCGCUGGGCUAAACAAAACGAGAACGAUGAUGAGGUCGACGAUGAUAAUGACAGAGACGAGUCUGGGGCCAAUAACGUACCCAUGGCGGGGUUGCGACGCAUCAAGGACACCGUUGUGGAAGGAAUCAGGAGCACCAUACGCGGAAUCACUGUGGACGACAAGGAAGGAGAUGAGGAUGAGGAUGUUGCAGAGGACCAGGACGAGCCAGCAGAGUCCCUUGUAGGUGACUUUGAAGAUCUAAUCGUAGAGUUGGCCCCAAAGAAGCCCAACGAGAAAGUCGAGAUACCCAAAGCGGUCGAGGGUUUCGUCAGCAGAUCUUCAGAUGGCAGUGCGUUCGACUUUAACUUCCCAGUGCCCGAGUUCAAGCAAGGCGAAACGCUUCUGUGGGCUUUGAAGGAACACCCGACGACUGUCAAGGUUCAACUGCGCUUGGGUCAGCGGAACAACCAGCAGUCGGUAGAUUGCUUCCGGGUUGCGCUGAGCUUCCAAGACGAGCAUGAUGGGUUUGAUAACGAAACAUCCUUCUGUAACCCUGCAAAGGCAUGGUCACCGGACAAUGCAGGAGCUGAACUCGACAACUUUCUCACCCUGGCCCUGAGCCGGUACCUUCAUGUUGCGCUCCAUGACAGCACAGCUCGCGAGCCAUCCGACACCCUGGCCGAGGUUGGCGUUGUCGUGGAGAAGGUUCUUUGCGAGGUCUAUUGUGCAACCCACUGCGUCGUCUGCCAGAAGCCCCUCGGAACCCAUGUUUGGCGCCCCGUCGCCUGCUCGCCACGGUGCAACGAAACCAUGGCCACCUGGCCGCUGGAGCUUCUCAUGUCGCCGCUUCUUCUCGACCACCUGGUGCUUGACUUCCUACUAGGCUGUCUCAACUCCAUGAGGGAUGAACAAAUGGCCGACAUGAGCGCCAACCUCCCAGCCCCCGUCAGGAACAUCCGCGGCGCAUCCGUUCGCGCGGCCAUCAGCUCUUUCCCCAAGCUGGACGGCGAAUCGACAGCCUCGUCCAUCCAAGCUGCGGGUAGAGGCGCGGAAGACCGGCGAACCGCCAUGCUGUUCCUGUCAUUUGCUUUCCCAGGCUGUCUGGUGUCGGCAUCCAGGGCCGCGUGGGUAAAGUACAUAGCGCCCGAGAGCGUAGACAGCCGCAGCAUUCACCAGUUCGUGCUGCUCAACUCGACAGUCGCACGCCAGAUCAACUUCGACGCCGGGCAGACGCGAGGAGGAACGCCAGGGCAGGCGGCUUUCCACGGCACGCCGUCCAGAAACCUGCUGCCCAUCCUAGCAGAUGGCCUGCGGACUGUCUUUGGCGGUCGCAGUGGUAUCUUUUUCGGAUCGUCUUUCCAAAAAUCGGUGGGAUACCAGCCGAGGGACUUUAGCGCAUGGCCUUUGAGCGUCUUUACAGGAGCGCAACUGAUAUUCGGCCUGGAGAACCGUGGGCCGCCGCAGCCUGACGAUUGGUUCCAAAAUCCUUUCCUGGAGGGCAGAACCUUCAUAGAAUCAGAUCUUAUGAUGCGGAAUGUGUUUCUUUUCAAGGAAGGAAGUCAAGACAUCAAUAGAGUUAACCAUGUCCGCCCCUUCUUCAAACUCCAUUUCAAAACCGGUACACACACGCGCCAGGUUAUGGAGAGGACGUUCCGUCUUAUCAAGGAAACCCGUGUUGGUGAGGUCAAAGGUCCAGCUAAGCUGCUCAAUUGGUAG